AUGAUGACUUCGAAUUUGCUAUCUCGUUUCCUACCUCCCACAGGGUCUCCCUCCAUCUACGAGGCUAUCCGACGCGAUGACGAGGCCUCGGAUGCCUCGGACGUGGAGGAGCGUGCCGGCCUGGCGCUGGACGAGGAGAACCUCCGAGAGCCUCUGCACAACUACCAUCCUGACGAUGCCCUCUCCCAAGCAGCUGACAGCGAAAUAGCAACACAGAGCACCGCGUUUCUAGGUCAGAGACAUCCUCGAAAGACAAAGACGGGGAGCCGCGCCACCAAGUCCGUUCGACCGCGAUGGAUGCAGGCAUCCCCGCGAGCUCUCGAAGCUGACGACGGAGAUGACGACGUUCCCGCUUCGCUUCUGGUGGAAGGACACGAUGAAGAGGACUACCCAAAACCUCCUGCACCCCCGCCUCAUCAUGGCCUAGACGACGAAUAUCCCGACCCAGGUCCAUCAUCGAGGGAGACGCGAGAUCGCUGGGAGGCCGCCAGAGCUCAGCAACCUCUGCAUCCGCACACACCGCCAAGCGUCACUUCGCGGAAACGUCCCGGAGGAGGCCUGCCCAACUUGGCUGCCGCGAGUCCGAAGGAGAAGGCAAUGUGGAGGUGGACCAAUGUCGAGAACCUCGACAAUUUCUUGAAGGAUGUGUACGUCUACUUUUUGGGAAAUGGGAUCUGGUGCAUCUUACUGAGUCGAGUUCUGAAUCUACUAACCCUCGCCUUUGUUGUUGGCUUCUCAACAUUUCUUUCGAGUUGCAUCGACUACCGUGCUAUCCGGGGUAGCAAGACUCUAAAUGAUAUCCUCAUCAAGAAAUGCAUGACCAAGAUGUCCAUUUCGAAGACUAUCUUGCUGUGGCUGUUUACCUUUUUCUGGAUCGGCAAACUGUUUCAAUAUAUAUUGGAUAUCCGAAGGCUCCGCCACAUGCAUGACUUUUAUUACUACUUGCUUGGCAUCUCCGAUUCCGAGAUCCAGACCAUCUCGUGGCAGGAGGUGGUGAGCCGAUUAAUGAAAUUGAGGGAUUCGAACCCUGCCACGGCCGGGCCUGUCUCGGCUAAGCAUCGCAAAUUUAUGGGUAGUCAGUCCAAACAGCGGAUGGAUGCACACGACAUCGCGAACCGUCUGAUGCGGAAGGAGAAUUAUCUCAUUGCCCUGUUUAAUAAGGAUAUCCUCGAUCUGACGCUGCCAGUACCAUUCCUUCGCAAUCGGCAGCUCUUCUCCCGCACCUUGGAGUGGAACAUCAAUCUCUGUAUCCUCGACUAUGUCUUUAACGAGCAGGGCCAGGUGCGCCCCCUUUUCCUUAAAGACACCCAUCGAAGAGCGUUAAGUGAAGGCUUACGGCGUCGCUUUAUCUUCGCCGGCAUCAUGAACAUCUUUGUGGCUCCUUUUAUCGUCGUCUAUUUCAUGAUGCACUACUUCUUCCGUUAUUUCAACGAGUACCAAAAGAAUCCGUCCCAGAUCGGAUCCCGCCAGUACACUCCGCUUGCAGAGUGGAAAUUCCGCGAAUUCAAUGAGCUUUGGCAUCUGUUUCAACGUCGUAUCAAUAUGUCAUACCCCUUCGCGAGCCGGUACAUAGACCAGUUCCCCAAAGACAAAACGGUCCAGCUGUCGCGCUUCGUGGCCUUCAUCGCAGGCGCUCUUGCCUCGGUGUUAGCUCUAGCUUCCAUCGUGGACCCAGAGCUAUUCCUUGGGUUUGAAAUAACCCAUGAUCGUACCGUGCUCUUCUAUCUGGGUGUGUUCGGAAGUGUUUGGGCCGUUGCUCGGGGUAUGGUCCCCGAGGAAACGGACGUCUUUGAUCCUGAAUAUGCACUGCUCGAGGUCAUCAACUUCACCCACUAUCGCCCCGCUCAUUGGGCGGGACGACUGCAUAGCGACGAAGUGAGAAGAGAAUUUGCUAUGCUCUAUCAGAUGAAGAUCAUCAUCUUCCUGGAAGAGAUCCUCAGCAUGAUCUUCACGCCGUUUGUUCUGUGGUUCAGCCUCCCCAAAUGCAGCGAUCGCGUCAUCGAUUUCUUCCGGGAAUUCACCAUCCAUGUGGACGGCUUGGGAUAUGUGUGCUCGUUCGCGGUAUUCGACUUCAAAAAAGGCACCAAUGCCAUUACUCAAGGUCGCCCCAACCAGCAGCGGGAUCUCCGGGAUGACUAUUUCUCGACCAAGGACGGGAAGAUGUUGGCUUCUUACUACGGCUUCCUGGAUAGCUACGGCGCCAAUCCUCGACCUGGUGCCCCCUAUGUUCCUCCUUCGGCACGAAGGCGAUUCCAUCCUCCGCCAUCAUUCCCGGGCCUUGGAUCUGCCCUUGAUGCGGAUGCGGCUGCUCGUGGUGAACGAUGGGACCCCACACAGACACGACAUUCACCGAUGGCUGGACCUCUCGGUCAUCAAUCCAUCAUGCGAGGGUCCCGAUUCGGCGCUGGAGCAGCCGGUGGCGGUGUUGCCCCCAACUCCCCGCUUCCAUCCAUGCUCCUUGAUCCUCACCAUCAGCCAUCCGCCUCCGGGUUCCGUUCGAUAAACCGUGCGGGCGCGCAGUCUCGAUACCGCCAACCGCGUCAUCAACACCCCGACGCCAUGGAGGAUGUUAAGGAAAUGUCGAUCGCAGAAGGUGCCGAAACCACUCCGGGACAAUCGGGGCGUCCUGAGGAGGGCUCCACGGGCGGGGUGGCGACCAGCGGAAGUAACCUGGAAGGGUCCUGGCGCGUAAAUCUGGCUGGUGAGGCGGAGGACAGUGAUGGGCCUGAGGAGGGAGAAGAAGUGGACGCUGUCGUGGGCGGGGCUGGAGUACUGGGGUUAAUUCAACAGUUCCAGAAGGCCAGCAACGAAGGCAGAACCGGGGGUGGUACCGUUGGUAUCUAA